AUGCCCAAGAUCAAGGGCUUCGACGCCGCCUGGCUCGCCGACAAGACGGCACCAGGCCACAAGCUGUUCGCGCCAUCCAACGAUGCCCCCAAGAGCUCGCCCUUCUCCUCCAAGGCCAAGGUCAAGCCGGGCCCGACGCGCACCAUCGCCCGCUCCGGCUCCCAGGUCUUCGUCGCCGUGGGCAAGGAGAUCCGAUGGGCCGACCUCAUCGACCUGAGGGAGCGAUGGGCGGAAAAGACGACACGGGGCCGCUCCGGCGUGCGCAUCAAGCGCGAGGACUCGGCCAGUCUCGGCGACGAGGACGCUAUACGGUCUGCCGCUGAAGAUGGAUAUGUAGGGUUUCGUACAUUGAACGUCCCCGUUGGAUCCGACAUCAAGCAGCUGGUCAUAUCGCCCUUUUCAGACUACUUGGCUGUUCUCACGACACACACGGUGCGCAUCUGCGCCGUGCCGGACCUCGCAAACCUCUCACAGCCCACCAACGAUGUAAUCAAGCCCAGGUCGUGGACCCUCGGCCCUACCACACAUGUGGUCGACCGCUCGCCCAUCGCCUCUGCGCUUUGGCACCCGCUGGGCGUCAAUGGCUCUGCUCUUGUAACCGUCACCACCGAUGCCGUCGUGAGGGUUUGGGAGCUCUCACCCACCGACCGCUGGAGCUUUGAUCAGCCCUCGCUUACUAUUGACUUGAUUAAACUCGCAGACGGUACUUCCCUCGACCAGAAUUUCUCCGCCUCGGCCGACACCACUCGUAAAGGCUUCUCGGCCGAUUCUUUUGAGAUGGAUGUUGCUUCCGCUUGCUUUGCUGGUCGCGGAUCCGGCGGCUGGGCUCCCAUGACGCUCUGGGUCGCCAUGCGAGAAGGCGACGUCUACGCCCUGUGUCCUCUGCUCCCAAGCCGAUGGUCCCCCCCUCCUACUUUAAUUCCGUCUCUUUCGGUUGCCAUUGUUGGGAACCUGGCAGCUAUCGAAGAUGACCCAAAUGUGUCACCGGCUGCAAAGCUCUUGGCUCAGCAGCAGCUAGACUGGAUGACAGAUCUAGACAACCAAGAGCCCGCCGAGGUCAAAGGGCCUCCUGGAGAGAUCACCCCAGAAGUAUACUCCAGGCCCGAAAGACCAGGCAUCGUGCCACGAUUGCAAGGACCAUUUGAGCUGGAUAUGAGCGUCGACACCGAGGUGGACAUGGACGUGGAGCUGACCGAUAUUUUUGCCAUUGGGCAGAAACUCGACACUGACGAACUUAUGAUGGGAGAGGAUGAGGAACUGGAUAUCGAUGAUAUUGACCAAGAAGGGCUAUCGUUGAACGUCAUCUGCCUUCUGUCUUCCAGCGGUCAGUUGCGCAUAUGCUUAGACCUGGCUGGAGUCGAGGCUCAAUGGUUACCACCUCGGAAUAGGUUGAGGUUCAUCAGGCCUUCAGUGGAAGAUGAACGCGUUCCUACUCUUCUCACGUUCCAGACCUUGGACACCUUGAGUAACCUGGAGAUGACAGAGGAUGCUUGGCCCAUGUUCAGCCCCGAUGUCACUUCACGCUAUGCGUUCUACGUUACCCAUCCGUCCAGCAUCACCUAUGUCUCGUUGGCUCCUUGGGUCUUCCGCCUAGAAAGUGAGCUCCAAGGCGAUUCGGAAGCCGGUCUGGACUUCAGGAUCGACCUACUCGUCAAGGGGCAAAGCUCCACAAGGCAAAGACUCCACACCGUCCAGGGCGAGAGCUCACAUCCCAUUCCCGCAGUGGUGGCCAUCCGAGAUCCUGACCUGGGCUACCUACUAUUAACGGCCACCCCUUACGAACCCUUUACUAUUUUCUUCGACUCUCCCGAGUAUAACCUCGAUCCCGUCUAUUCUCCUUCGCCCAGCCCUGAUAAGGAGGUCGACGUUCAGCCUCUGGACUUCUACGAACCGCGCCCGGCUUUCCAGGCACCACAUGCCUUCGAGGAGAACUCGGCCCUGCCGGAGCUACUGGAACGACUGCGGUCAAGUCGGCAUAAAUCCAUUGUCGGCCAGGAGGUGCGCCUGUCGCCAGUGACACUCCAAAUAUUCACCGAUGCCCACCAGCUCCUGAGUGGAGAGACACACCGGUUGGGUAGCGCAGCCUCUGAACUGUUUAGGAGGCUGGAGAGUCUGCAGGUGGAACUCAGGCGACAGAUCACCAAAGCCAAUGAAGUCAAGGCCCGAGUGGACGCCAUCACAGGACAGGAUCAGGACCAGGACGGCCAGCCCGAGUCCAGCAACGCCGCCAUCGAGCGGAGGCUGCGCGCGGCCAAGGACAGGGGAGAGGCGCUCAGCCAGCGGCUGGAGAGGAUGCGCCGCACCGUGAGCAAGGCGACGAGCCGCGAGCUGAGCGACAAGGAGAAGGCGUGGAUCCACGAGGUCAAGAGCCUGGACGCUAAUAUCUCGGGCUCGGCGGCCAGCAGCGUCGCCGUCCCGGCAGAGGGGUCCUCACGCCUCAAGCAGCUUGGGAAGCGCUACGAGGAGGCCCUGUCGCUCAGGGACGAGCUGGUGCCUCAGGCUGAGAGCUUUGGCAGCAAGGCGGCCGAGGACGCAGAUGAUACCGGUGCUGCUGCCGCGUCCCCCGACAUUCGCAUCCCCUCGGAUCUCAGGAGGGCCAAGAUCAACCAGGUCACCAAGUUGCUCGAGCGCGAGACAGCCCUGGUUGAUGCGGUGAAGUCCAGGCUCGAGCGGCUGGCUGUGGGUAGCUAG